AUGGUCAUCGAGUUCAGCUUCCUUGUCUGCACCAUAGUGGAGUCACUGCGGUGCUCAUACUGCGUCCCGCCAAGGGCAUCAGAUGCCAGCUCUGAAAAACUCUUUAAUACCGUUAUUGUAAACAAAGAUUCGGAGUUGGGUGUUGGCACGCUUCCCGAACACGACAGCCAGGAUGCAGGGCCGAUCGUCCCCAAGAUAUCUGGUCUAGAGAGAAGCCAGGAGAAGAGCCAGGACUGUGGCAAAGAGCCGAUCUUUGAGCCCGUGGUGCUUAAAGACCCCUGCCCGCAGGUGCCGCAGCCGCCGCCCCAGCCCCAGGCGGAGCCCCAGCCCAGAGCUCCCUCUCAGGACCCUGACUCUGUGCAGCGCCCGGAGGCCCCGCCUCAGCCCGCACGUCCGAGCACACAGCCACCGCAGGCGCCCCCCGAGGCCCAGCUUCCACCGGCUCCCAAGCCUCCCGUGCAGAGGCCGCCCCGGCUGCAGUCCCCCCAGCUGCUGCACCAGAGCCUGCCCCCUGUGCAGGCCCACCCCGCCUCCCAGAGCCUCCCCCAGCCCCUGUCGGCCUACAACAGCAGCAGCCUGAGCCUCAACAGCUUAAGCAGUAGCAGAAGCAGCACUCCAGCAAAGACUCACCUCCCCGUUCCCCCUCUCCCUGCCCAACCAUAG